AUGCCGAGCUUGGUAAACCAUUCUUUUCUUUCCCCCUCCGAGGAUAUUUUGAGACAAGUUCUUUUCGAGCCUGAGAAAGUCCGCGAAAGGGCAUGGAUUGUGUCUUUCAACUAUACCUUACUUGCUGCCAUAUCCGCGCCGCACGAUGAGAACGAGAAAAUACUCCGACAUAACUCGCAAUUGGCCCUGAACGAUAGCCGAAUCUUUCUUGAGCCAUCUUUAGCUAAUAUACAAGCACUAGCUUUACUUGCUGUCCACGGUGAGGAUUAUGCUUCACCCAAUACAUCGUGGAUGCUUUUGAGCCAUGCAUGUCGCCAAGCCGAAGCUUUGGGCUUGCACAUUAGGAAAAGCAAGGAUACGUUAGAUGAAUGGCAACACAAGCUUUGCUUAUUUUGGUUGCUCUUUACAUUGGACAAAUCUUGUGCGCUGGCAUUUGGCCGACCUGCAUUCUUGCCGUUAUCGCUUUAUCAGGAUGUGCCAAUUCCCGAUGAAGCCAUCAUAUCCAAGUUCAGUCCUCACGACGUAAGGCUUCUCGAUACCCAGUUGGAAAAGGCUCAAACUUCUUGCUUCGGCUCUCUGGUGCUAAAGAGCACAAUCGCGCUCGCCCAAUUGAUGAGCGAUGUUUUGGUCGUUCUGAGUGAGGUUAAAUCGGAGAAGUUCAAGGAAGACAUAUGGUCAAAAUUGGAAGGCUGGUUCGCAACAACACAUGUGGCAUUAAAACAAGCCAUGGAGUAUGAGCAGGCAUCUGCUGAUGCCUAUCAAAUCCGUGAAAUGAAGCUGGGAAUCAAUAGUGUCAAUUUUCAGUACUUGCAUAUCCUAACUCUAUUACUAAAGGGGGAUCGAUAUUCGGCUCUUCGCCUAUCCUGUGCGCGAGAAGCAAUUUCCAUACUUCCAUCUUUGGUGUCGAACUGGGGCUCGGUAUACAAUGGAGUUGUUUGGCAACUUCUCUAUUACCCAUUCACACCUUUCUUCGUGAUAUUCGAGAAUGUAGUACAACAGCCUAGUCAAUAUGCCGGAUACGAGGACGAUCUGCGCUUAUUGGCGACCGCGGUAAACUACUACGCCGAGAUGAAAUCUCAAAUGCGACUACUUUCGAGUUUAUGCUCCAAACUCCAGCACACAAUGUCCGUUUUCUUCCAACUGGCCCAAUCCCAUACUGGAAAUGUGGGCGAGACAAAGUUGCCCAAAGACAAAGCACCCAUAUCCCAGGAAGAAGAGGCUGUUCCGCCAUGGAAUGAUCUGAUCGAUAUGGAUUUGGGUGAUCUUGAUAUCACUCCAUAUUUGAACUGGUUGCCGAUUGACAUGAACCAUACAUUUCAGAUACUUGAAACAGAACUUCAAGCUCCAAAAGUCCGCCCUUCGCAUAACUUUGAGGAAUGUGGACCAGCAUAUUCUCAAAAGCCAAUCUCGGACCGCACCUUUGACUGGUUCUUAUGGGAUGAUUAUUACGCCAGUCCCAACGUGGGGCUUUGA